AGCAGCAGAGAGCUUCACUAGACCCUGCAGCCUGCACCGCGGCGGCCGCUCGCAGCGCGUGCGUCAGACUACUUCACACUUCCCUCAGCGCGUGUAUCCAGACACAUCUCGCCCUGCCUCAGUCACCCUGCUUCUCUCGGAGAGGGCACGUGAGCAGUCUCCCUCGUUUCUCCACUGAUCUCCAGGCGUCGCGCGGCGUCUCAGCUCUGCGGGAGGUUGUGACUCGGACCCACGGGGUCAGCGCGUGUUGUGUUAUGUUCGGACUCUAAAGUUCGGGUCCCGAGGAGGGUUUUGCGUGACGCAGUGCGCAUGUCCAGCCGUUUGGAGGCUCCACAAAGUUACCGCUGCAGCAUGGACUAAGGAGCCUGUCGCUUCGGGAGCGUGUGGACACUCUGACCCCCUGAGAGAGGUGUUCGAGAGGGACUACCAUGGAGGAGGAGGACGUGCACGUAGAGAACGGCUUCCACGCCAGCAGCAAGGAGUCGGACCGGCAGCAGCGGCUCCGGCUGUGCGUUUUAAACGAGAUUCUCAACACGGAGCGGGCUUACGUGAGGACCUUACUGUUCCUCCAGUCGGCCUUCCUGCAGAGGAUCCGCCAGACCUCGGAGGACCAGCAGUGUCUGACGCCGGAGCAGGUCAAGGUCCUGUUCUCCAACAUGGAGGACAUCUUGGACCUGCACCGGGCGCUGCUGUCCAUGUUGGAGAGCUGCCUGCAGCCCGAGCCCCAUCCCCAGCAUGCACUGGGGCACGUGUUCCUGCUGUAUAAGGGAAAGUUCUCUGUGUACGGCGAGUACUGCAGUAACCACGAGAAGGCCCUGAAGAUGCUGAUGGAGCUCAACAAGGUCCCCAACAUCCGCACCUUCCUACUGCACUGUAUGCUCCUGGGCGGGAAGAAAAGCACAGACAUCCCCCUGGAGGGGUACCUGCUCAACCCCAUCCAGAGGAUCUGCAAGUACCCCCUGCUCCUUAAGGAGCUCCUGAAGAGGACCCCCAAGAAGCACGUGGACUACCCGGCGGUGGAGGAGGCCCUGCAGACCAUGAAGGCGGUGUGCUCCAACAUCAACGAGACCAAGAGGCAGAUGGAGAAGCUGGAGGCCUUGGAGCAGCUGCAGUCCCACAUAGAGGGCUGGGAGGGGACCAACCUGACGGACAUCUCCACGGAGCUGCUUCUCCACGGCAACCUGCUGAAGAUCUCCGCCGGAAACAUCCAGGAGCGAGUCUUCUUCCUGUUCGACAACCUGCUGGUCUACUGCAAGAGGAAGUCCAGAGUCUCCGGGAAGAAGUCCACCAAGAGGACCAAGUCCCUCAGUGGGCCCCUGUACGUGUUCAGGGGCCGCAUCAACACGGAGGUGAUGGAGGUGGAGAACGUGGAGGACGGAACAGCGGACUACCACAGCAACAACUACACGGUGACCAACGGCUGGAAGAUCCACAACACGGCCAAGAACAAGUGGUUCGUGUGCAUGGCCAAGAACACCGAGGACAAGCAGAAGUGGCUGGACGCCAUCUUGAGAGAGCGGGAGCAGAGGGAGAGUCUGAAGCUGGGCAUGGAGAGGGAUGCGUACGUGAUGAUCGCGGAGAAGGGCGAGAAGCUCUACCACAUGAUGAUGAGCAAGAGCCGUCACCUGAUCAAGGACCGCCGCCGGAAGCUCAGCAACGUGCCCAAGUGCUUCAUGGGAAAUGAGUUUGUGUCGUGGCUGCUGGAGAGCGGAGAGAUCAGUAAACCUGACGAGGGAGUGAACCUGGGCCAGGCGCUGCUGGAGAACGGCAUCAUCCACCACGUGUCGGACAAGCACCAGUUCAAGAACGAGCAGGUGCUCUACCGCUUCCGCUACGACGACGGCACCUACAAGGCCCGCAGCGAGAUGGAGGACAUCAUGUCCAAGGGCGUCCGGCUGUACUGUCGCAUGCACAGCCUCCACACGCCUGUCAUCAAAGACCGGGACCACCAUCUCAAGACCUUCAGGUCUGUGGUGCCGGCGUACAAGCUGGUGGACUGGCUGCUCUCCCAGGGCGACUGCUCGACCCGAGAGGACGCGGUGAUGUUGGGGGUGGGACUCUGCAACAAUGGCUUCAUGCACCACGUUCUGGAGAAGAGCGAGUUCAAGGACGAGUCGCAGUUCUUCCGUUUCUAUGCCGACGAGGAGGCGGAGGGCACGGGGACCAAGAGCAAGCAGCUGCAGAGGAACGACUUCAAGCUCAUGGAGAACAUCCUGGCCAAGUCCCUGGUGAUCCACCCGGAAGAGGAGGACUACGGCUUUGAGAUCGAAGAGAAGAGCAAAUCCAUCGUGGUGAAGUCUGUCACCAAGGGCUCACACGCAGAGAUGGCGGGUCUCCAGGUUGGGAGGAAGAUCUUCACCAUCAACGAGGACCUGCUGCUGCUGCGUCCGUUCCCCGAGGUGGAGACCAUGGUCAACGCCUCCUUCUGCAUCCGCAGGUCCCUCCGCCUGCUGGUGGCCACCAAGGCCAAGGAGAUCCUGAAGAUCCCGGACCACCCGGAGAUGCUGGCCUUCAGGCUCUGUGGCUCCUCCCCCCCUCACGUCCACGCCGUACGCAAAGGCUCCGAGGCGGCGGGGGCGGGGCUCCAGCCAGGUCAGGUGAUCCUGAAGGUCAACGGGAGCAGCGUCAAUCACAGCGACCACCAGGAAGUCUUGGAUCACUUCAGCGCCCAGCACGCACAGCAGGAGACAUACGACGCCUGCCAGUGGGUGUACCGUGCGUUUGAGGACGUGGAGCCUCAGGGAGUGGAGGGUGAUGAAGAGGAAGAGGGAGGUCUCUUCAGGCCGCUGCUGAACGGCUCCAGCGGAGAGGAGAACGCCGGAACCAACGGGACAGCAGAGCGCUGCAUCAGCCGCCUCUCGGUGUCGGAGGAGCCCCCCCCCCCCACGGUGAGCCUCACCGUGGACAACGUGCACCUGGAGCAGGGCGUGGUCUACGAGUACGUCAGCACCGCCGGCAUCAAGAGCCACGUGCUGGAGAAGAUGGUGGAGCCCAAGGGCUGCUUCAGCCUGACCGCCAAGAUCCUGGAGGCGUUCGGCCGCGACGACAGCCGCUUCGUGCGCAACUGCAGCGCGCUGAUCUCCCAGAGCGAGCGCGUGGUCACCAUGUCGCAGUACGAGUUCCGGCAGAUCUGCGACACCAAGCUGGAGAGCCUGCAGCGCCGCAUCACCAACUACCAGCAGUUUGCUGAGGAGCUGAGGAACAAGGCGUGGCCCUCGGUGAAGCCUGCGAGCGUGCACGUGGCGGGUGUGCCGGGCCACCCGCUGGGCUGCAUGGACUUCGUGCCGACCAACCUGCACGUGAACCUGAUGCAGGUGAGCUACGCUAAGAGCGCCGCCACCAGCACGGGCCGCGCCUUCAGCAUCCGCUUCGGACGCAAGAACUCCUUCUACGGCCUGGACCCCGACCAAGCCAACCUGAACCCGAUGUCCCACACCCAGCACUGCGUCACCAGCAUGGGGGCGCCGGCCUGGAACUGCACCGCCCCGGAGGGGGAGGAGCCUGAGCCAGAGGGGGUGGGGCCUGUGGACGGGGAGGAGGGGCCUGGGGAGGGGAGGCGGGGCCUCCAGGGGGAGGGCGGGCUCAGCUUCCUCCUGAAACAGGAGGACGUGGAGACGCAGGACGCGUACGUCCGUCUGUACAGCCGGCUGGACGCGGCGGUGAGGGAGAUGAGGCAGUACGUCGCCCAGAUCGACGUACUGCUGUCCUCCAUCACGGAGCCCACCCAACCCCUGGGGGGCGAGGAGGGGGGCGGCGGCGGGGGUCCGGUGAUCUGCGAGCCCUGCCCCGCCCCCCCGCUGUCCCCCUGCUGCGAGGAGGGCGGUGACCCGGACCGCACGGAGCACGGCGGCAUCAAGAGGGUCUGCUUCAAGGUGGAGGAGGAGGAGCAGGAGGACUCGGGCCACGACACCAUGAGCUACCGGGACUCCUACAGUGAUGUGUGCGUGUUCCCCUGGCUCCGCAGCGAGUGCAACAGCAACCGGGACUCUGUGCUGUCCUACACCAGCGUGCGCAGCAACAGCUCCUACCUGGGCAGCGACGAGAUGGGGUCAGGAGACGAGCUGCCCUGGGACAUGAGGAUCCCCUCAGACAAACAGGACAAGCUCCACGGCUGCCUGGAGCACCUCUUUAACCAGGUGGACUCCAUCAACAGCCUGCUCAAAGGACCGGUUAUGACCAAGGCCUGUGAAGAAACCAAGCACUUCCACCCUGACCACAGCCAGCCAGAGUUCCGGCACACGGAGGACUGGACGGUGCGGUGCCGCUGCGUGAUCCACAAGAACAUCCAGGAGGACCCGUGGAACCUGCCCAGCUCCAUCCGGACGCUGGUGGACAGCCUACAGCGCUUUGUGGAAGACGGGAAGAACCAGCUGCUCCUGGCUCUCCUCAAGUGCACAGACACCUCCCUCCAGCUGAGGAGGGAUGUGAUCUUCUGCCAGGCCGCAGGCGCGGCGGUGCUAACGCUAGCUGAGCAGCUCCUUGCGGCGCUGCGUGCACGCUACAACAACGCCGGGGAGUACCAGGAGGACAGCAAGGAGACCAGCCGGAAGUGGCUGGAGCAGGUGUCCGCCAUCGGGGUGCUGCUGCACUUCCAGAGCUCGCUGGCGCCCCACCUGAAGGAGGAGCGUACCAUGCUGGAGGACACUAAGGCCGCUCUGUUGGACCUGGACAAGCUCACCGUGUUCUUCAAGCAGACCCAAAACGAGUAUCUGGUGCCCAACACGCCCGUGUCCUACCAGGUGGACGGCGGUCGCCAGGCUCUGCGCGUCACCCUGCUGCUGGACAGCUGUCACUUCAGCGAGCUGCCCAGCCGGCUGCAGAACGGAGGCAGCCUCAAGCUGCACACCGUGCUGUUCACCCGCGCCCUGGAGCGUCCAGAGUGCUCGUCCCAGCAGGACUUUGUUGCCAUGGAGGAGUUCCAGCAGAGGACCAACGCUGUGUCCCUGGAGAGGGUCAAGGCCUACUACCGCAAACUCAGGGCUUUCUACCUGGAGAAGUCAAACCUGCAGACCGACUCCAACACCACCGCCAUGAAAAUCGACCAGAUACUGGGCCUGGAGGUCAGAGACCACCAGCCGAGCAUUUCCAAACUCCUGCGACCCCUGAACGCGCUGGACGACCUGUGCCGCCUGAUGCAGUCCUACGUCAACGUGCGGCCCAGCGCGGGAGGCCACCCGUCGGGGGUCAGCGUGCUGAGCGUCUCCUCGGAGCUCUGCAACCGCCUGGGGGCGUGCCACGUCACCAUGUGCGCCACGGGCAUGCAGAGGUGCACCCUGAGCGUGACCCUGGAGCAGGCCAUGAUCCUGGCCCGCAACCACGGCCUCAUCCCCCGCUGCAUCAUGCAGACCAUGGACAUCAUGCGUAAACAGGGGACUCGGGUUGAGCUGUUUGCUAAAAACCUGAAGGUGAUGGACCAGAUGCCACCCUCAGCACCAAGGCUCUUCAGGCUGUGUUUGCCUCCGUCGGACGGAGAUCUCUAAGGACACAACAAGAGCACAUCUACUCUGGACCUCUCACAACAAACAGGGAAGACCUCGAGGGACUCUAGCGGCGGAGGUCCUGAACGAAUGUGGAGAAGAGGAAGAGGAGGAGCCAAGGGGAGGAGCCAGAGGGAGGAGCCAAGAGGAGGAGAUAGGGGAGGAGCCCAAGGGGGAGGAGCCAAGGGGAGGAGCUAGGGACAGAGUUUAUACCUCUGUGUUUCUGACCGGGAGACCGUGACGUUAACAACUAAAAACAAAUCCUUGUACUGGACGAUUCUCUGACCAUCCCAGCGACCAUUCCACCGUAGAAGAGGGAGAGCCUUUGUUGGGGUUAUCGAUUAACCCUCAGAACCAUCAGAACAGACAGAGCUGGAGUGGAGCUUCACCACCUGCGGUGUGAACACCUGUUGACACUGAAGAUCUCCACUUGAAAAACUCUUCUGUACCAGGGAUUUUUAUUGUAACAAAAAAAAGAAAAAACAGCUUGAAAAUAUGUUGAAGUCUUACGGGGGGAAAAGGAGGUCUUCGAGAAACACAUCAAACAAUAAUAUGCUCGCAGCUGUCCAGGGCUGGCAUUACUGGAUUAACCAAACUACCUGCAUCCUCCACUCAUACCCCUAACACACGCUCACCACACGCUUACCGGCCCGCUGACUGCAAGGCACGGGGCGGUCACUUUCACUGUCUGGGGAGGGAGGGGGGGGGGGGGGGGGGAGGGAGGGAGGGAGGGAGGGAGGGGAUGGUAUAUGAAGGGGUGAGUUUAAGGGGGUAGAUGGCCAAGGGAGAGACGGACCCCCCCCCCCUCCAGGGCUAGAGAUCUCUAACCGGGGGGAGAUCUCUCCCUGUAUGUGUCCGAUUGCGAGUUGGGGGGGGAAAUCAAAGUGUUGGAGGUUCGCCGGAGGAAGGGGUGGAGGAGGAUCGCAGGACGGGGAAGGGGUCUGCCCCCCCCAACGCAUGUGGUCUCUGUGCAAUUACUGUAGAGGUAGUGUGCGUACUGUAUCACCACACUCGAUGAAGGAUAGUCUAUUUAUUGUAGCGGCGAAAAAAGAAGCGUCUUUUUAACCUCUCACUUAUAUCAGGUAUUAAAGAACUUAAAAAGCAUUCCAGCCUACGCCAUAAACAGUAUUUAAUGGACCAAUGGCAUGCCAUUAGUUUAUUUUAUUUUAUUUAGACUCUGCUACCUGUGUAUUUUUUUUUUUACUUUGUAUCGAUCACGGCGUUGAUUGAUUAUUGGAGAGCGGGUGCGAGCUGAGGUUUCAGGGAGCGUGAGGGAGGGAGUCCACGACGCACCAAUCAGGGGACAGAGAAAACCACGGCAGAGCUUGCAGCAGAGUUGUUUAUUUUUUCGUUGGCGUGUGCGGCCAAGUCUGAGUUACUGAAUCAUGUGUUUUAAAUUAUUAAUAUAUUGGUUUGUACUGGUGUUUAUAGUGCGGACGUGGAGGACCGCGUCGGAGCUUUUCGUCUUCUUGCGUGACUCACAACAACAAGCUGUCUCGGAUCAGGAGCCGGUGGAAAAAAAGCACAAUUCAUCCAGCGAGUUCACAGCGCUGCCGGUGGGGGUGGAAAAAACAAAAAGACGGCCGGUGGCAGAGGCAGAAGGGACCAGUGACGACCGAGGGCAUAGACAUGUUAUUUUAAUAUGACAGAUUUAAAUUUUAUUGCCAGUGUAUAUACAAACUGUGUAACCACAACGGACAGAGUAGUAAAAUACAAAUAAGCCCAAUUUAUGUCUUAAUGAGUAACGCUGUGAGCUAAACUGAAUACGUUUUAUUGGAGGGAUUAUACAUAACUUAGAGGAUGUUUAAAACCUGCUUUUUAUGAAAAAAAAUUAAAACACAGACUAGCGAGAGAAGAGUGCAGCUAUGGGGGUUUCUCUGCCUCCAUUUUGUGCUGGGAUUCCGCUGUCCCACUUCCCGCCAUUUUAUUUAUUUAUUGAAGCUCUGGAAUGCUAACAUUUAAAGUUUUUAACCCCCACGUGCUACUGCAGCCGCUAUAGACGCGUGACCUUAAACUCAACUUUUGCAUAUGAAAAACUGCCUAGUAUGUCUAUAAAACGACCAGGCCGUAGCGUCUUACAUUAGCUAAAUGCUCUUAAAAAGCGUCACUCUGAAGGGAAAAUGCAUCGGUCUUAAUCAUUUCUCGAGUUACAUUUUAAACGUGAUGUUUGCCUCCUGUAGAAUGAACAUGUCACUGACUAUACUCAUGUAUUGACCAUGUUUUAAUGUUGCCCAAAUGUACAUACUUUAUUUUACCAUUUUAUUUUGCCUGACAAUAACUGUACAAAAGAUUUUCUUCCCUCGCCUUUCUAAAAGUAUAAUUGUAAAUGGAAUCUUAACAAGCUAGUUAAUAAAAUGUUCUCCGUUCGAUAAUGCUA